GAUGCAGUAUCGAUACUCGGGAAGCUCAGCGAAUCAGGGGCUCUGGAGGUUCUGCAUCAACCACAAAUGUCACGCCCACACCAUCAUUGUCGCCUCCUGGGACGCCACGCAGGCCUUCAUGCUGCUGCCGAGCUGCUUCACCAACGGCACCAAGAACCGGAGGGUCCUGUCAGGCGCUCUCGCUCUGCUGGCGUUGGGGAUUUACUCCGGCGUGACGGUCACUUUCUUUGGCAAACGUUUCUUGGACUGGAGCUUUUCGUGGUCCUACAUCAGCGGCUGGGUGGCCAUCAUUUUGGCUUUUGCUGCAGGUAUUUACUGCAUUUAUGUUUGCCGAUUUAUUUGGUACAUUUUGAGGACUGAAACAUGUGUUGGCGUUCCUCAACAGCUGUUGGUCCUUUAAGUUUCUCUGCCGUUACCGUUCAGCUAUCAAAUGCAUGGCGGCCCACGAGGCAUGGAGGGACGAGGCCUGUGCCUUGAACCAGUGGCCUCCCCACAAGGUUGUUUGGUCAAAUAAGUGGUUACUGGUUUGAAAGCUGCAGUCUUCAGUAACAAUGAGACUGAACAUCCUUUACACUCAGCGGUGGAUGUGUAAUCUAAGAACCAGACGUCAUCAGUUCUCGUAGGAAGUGACGGUUUCUUGCAGGUGUGUUCCAGCUGUGUGCUUACCAGCAGAAGCUUCAAAGACCGGACAGCUGACCAGGACCACGUGCCGAUUGGCUGCAGGACCGUUGCAAUGAUGUCCCUGCUGCGUUUGAAUGCCUACAAUUAAAUAAAGACAAAUCCUAAACUCCUGAAACACGAGGACUCCCUUCCUGUGAGAGCCACUAAUCAGAAGGAAAAGGCCCUGAGAGUAUAGGGUCUCCACUAGGUGGCGGUCUUGUGUCACGUACACAUUACAGCUGACGGAUGAGUUCUCCACCUGAAGCUCAUGAAUCCGGAGCGUUCCUUUGGGGACUCGUCAUUCCUAGAA